CUACAGUUUGGCGCCAUUUGCGGGAGAAGGAACUGAGCGGACUGAGUGUAAUGUAGCUAGUUGUAUUUUAUCUGUUUAGUUUUGUAGGAAAGAAAAACGGGCAGUUUUAUUGUGUUCGGUGGUGUUUCUGCUUAUAUUAAUGUGUGUGUAGUGUAGCUCACCCGUGUGUUAGGUGUGUUUCAGUAAGCUGUAGACAGGUAUCUGUUAUUGUUAUGGAAGAGUAACGUUAGUUAGCUAGCCGGUUAGCAGCUGGCUUUGUGUUCGGAUUUCUGUUAUUCGGAACCGGUUCAGUCACUCGGUUUUAGUAACAUGAGUUUGAUAUUAAUGUAAUUAGUGACAGCUCUCAACUGUGGGAGGCACGGACCAUGUGUUAUUGGCGCUCAGGUAUCAUGAUUAACUCUGAUUUAUAACUUGGAUAUCAGCACCCACUAGCUAUGGCUGGCGUUGUCGCAAUGGCAGCUGUUAUUGAGGACUUUGAGGCUACUCAGCCGUGCAAGAAGCUGAGGAAAGAUGAUGAUCUGCCGCCUACGAAGACCAUCACAAACUACUUCAUGCCCUUACCGAAGUCUGUGGAAAAGCCUUUCUCUCCUCCUCGCUCCAACAACAUUAUGGAUUACUUCAGGAAGACUUCACCUGCUCAGGAAAAUAUUGUUUCUUCCCAAAAAUGCAGCCCCCUUCAGUCUGCAAAACCAGUCGGUGGUGAGGAAGCCUCUGCUAAGCUGGGUAGGGCACCAAGGCAGAAACGCUCCAGAAAACAAACAAAGGAGCAAAACAAGCUCCAGGAGGAGGAGGAGGAACAGAAGGAACAGGAAGAUGCGCUCAAUGAUGACUGUAUAUUAUUGGGGAGUUCCAGUGACUCUUUAUUAAAGGAAGGUGGCAACCUCUCCAUGUUUGGCAGUGAUACAGCAGCCCUGCUCUCUCAGAUUAGCGGUGAUAUCUGCUUAGAUGAAGAAUCUCCUAAAAGAAAGAACAACAGGGAGACCUCUGCAAAUGGCGAGAAAGUGAAGGAUGUGUUAUGUAAUCGAAAAAGUAAGAACCCUAGCAUGGAUGGUGACGGCUUAACAAAUGAUGAUGCAUCUCCUGUAGAAGGGAAUGGUAGAACUAUAAAGACUGUGGUACGUAAAAGUAGAAAAGCGAGAGUCAGCCAAAGUGACUCGUGUACUGAGCAUGAUCAGUCUCUUGCUAAUGCCAGCAUGGAUGUCAAUGUGGAUGAGACUUCUGUGCUGAACAGAAGCACUGUUACAGUGUCCUUUGAAGACUUCUUACACAGUCAGAGCCAGGGAGAGGAAGAGGACCCUGCAGAUCCUGAGCCUAACAAACAUGGUGCUGAAAUAUGUAGUGGUGCUAAGUCUUGUGAGUCUAAUGAAGUAGUAAUUGCAGCUCCACAGGUUUCCCCAAGAACCCUUACAGUCCAAGCUGAAGUGCAUCCCAUCUCCCCAAACCAGGAGUCAGCAAAGAGCCCUGAAAUGAAAGUGGCAUCAAUUUUCAGUAGAAAGAAAAAGGAUUGUCAAGCAAAAGAUAGCAAGAUAUCUUCCUCUUCUUCCACCCCUCAAGUAACAGCAGACAUUCUGCCUGACCUUAAGAGGAAAUCCAAUGUUGUUCUUCAAGAAGAAGAUCUGGAGCUGGCAGUAGUUGAAUCCAGCUCCACUCCAAAGUGCACUCAAGAAGAAAGGAAGCUGUUCAUGAAUGCCUUCAAGCAACCAGGUAUGGAUGGAUCUAAAGCUAAAACCAGCAAGGCAUCUGCAAAAACAAAACCAGUGCAGGAAAAAGCAACAGAGAUUGUAGAGAAAGAACCUGAUGAGAAAGCUGAUGAAAGCAAGCCUGAUGAGCAAGCCAGCGCAGAGCAAAACCAGAGUACAGAACCAAAAAGUUCUGGCAGGGUUGGAAAUAAGCGAUCUAAGAAGUCUGGGAAGAAAAAACAGAAUAAAACAUCUGAAGAGGCUCCAGAAUCUACACAAAAGCAAGAGAACCUUCCAGCAUCAGUGGAGAAGGAUACAGAGUGUCCACAGAGUGGCUCUGCUGAUGAUCAGGAAUCGCAACCUCCCAAGGAGGUUAGAAGAUCUUCGAGAGAGAGCACACGCAGACAGGCUGUUCCUUCUGUACCUGAGAGGAAGGCAUCCCCGCGUAGAACAAGGAGCCAGGAGAAGGUGAAGGAGCCUACAGUAUCUCAGGAUGAGCCAGCUCUGCCUUCUACUCCAAAACCCCUUCGAUCCAAGAAGAGUGUUUACAGGGCUGAGAUGCUUUGCCCACCUGACAAAAAAGAAAGCCCUAUCAGAAUGAAAUUCACAAGAGUGUUUCCAUCUUCUGCAACAAAAAUCGGAGAUUUUAAUAUAUCCAGUCCUCUUUCUGCACAGGAUUCAAAUUCACUGAAGAAAAGGAAACAGGCUAAAAAGUUGGUCCAGAAAGCAAAAGCACUUAAACAGAGCAAAAAGACUGCUGCAGUAGAGGAGCCUACUGUGCGCCGAUCCACAAGGACAAAAGAAAUCCCCAAAAUGAGUUAUUGUGAGAGUGAGGAGUCUAUAGUCUUUGUGGAAGAUAAUUUAAGCAACCCUGCUGCACCUACAUCUCAAGAAAGUGGCCAAAAUCAGAAAAGUCUUCGCAGUUUGAAUGAUGUUUUAGGCAAAAACAUGCCUUCAAAGACUUCUAAGAAUGCGCCAGCUUCCAAACUGGCACCCAUGUUUAUGGAUAGAAAAGCUCAGAAACCCACAGCGGUGAUUUCCAUAUUUGAUGAUAGCAGUCGUGACUGCUCAGAAAACUCUCAAGAUGAUGAGCAGUUCAGAGCAAAGAGGGAGUUUCUGAAGAGUGGUCUACCAGAGUCUUUUAAAAAGCAGAUUGCCAAGACAGCAGCUAACAGAGAGGCCUACUCUCAGGCCUGUGCUUCAUUCCAGCCUGUGGUGCAUGUUCAACAGAGACCAAUGGAUUGCUCUAUGUGGACACUCCCAUGGCCUAAAACAUCUUUGCUGAGUGGUCUGAAAGAGUUUUUCCAGCUACCGUUAAUGCCAGAGCUGUCCUCGACGAGCCUUACAGACCACACUGCACCUGCUCAGCGGAUCUGCAGAGAAAAGGUGUCCGGUUGGCAAGAAGACCUGACAGAGGCUGUUAGACAGCAUCUGUUGGAAGAAAUUAGCAAAUCCAAUCCCUCGUUUCCAGUCCAGAGACAUUUUACCCGGUUUCUUAAGAGGCACAAAGACUAUUUGUUACAGGCAGCUGCUGCAGAACCUAAUAGUGUGUCUAAAAAACCUUCUCUUACUGGCGUGACUGAGUCUGUUGGAGGAAAACGUAAACGUGUAGACGAUGGAGAGAAAUCGGGGAAGCUGGCCAAGAAAAAGAAGUCAAAUCAUGCGGAAGAGGAGAUCAUAGUGAUAUCAGAGAACCCUGGCACAGAAAGUGGAGCAACACCAGAGAAUACCGACUCUGCAGCUCCAGGUAGAGGCCGGAGGAGACGAUCUCUGAGACAAAAGCAGGCGGAGGAGGAAACUAAGCACACAGCAACGAACAUACCUAAAAACAGCAAGUCUGACUCUGUAAUCGUACUCGACUCUCCAUCCUCAGAAACCACAGGCACUGAAGAUGGUGUGAGGGAGGAUGUGCUGUGGACUGAGAAGUACCAGCCACAACACUCUAAUGACGUCAUUGGAAAUACUGCUUCUGUCAGAAAGUUGCACAGUUGGUUAAAGGAGUGGAAACUCAGGGCUGAUCGGGAAGAGAGAACGAAACAACAGGAAGCAAAACAAGGCGAUGAUAGUAAUGAUUCUUGGAUGGGUGACAAUAGCGGGUGGCUGGAGGAUGCAGAAGAUCUGCUGUGUAACACACUACUCAUCACAGGGCCGGCUGGUGUAGGCAAGACUGCUGCUGUGUACGCCUGUGCCCAAGAAUUGGGCUUUAAGGUGUUUGAAGUAAACUGCUCCUCUCAGCGAAGUGGUCGUCAGAUCUUGUCUCAGCUGAAGGAGGCCACCCAGUCUCACCAAGUAGACAUCCAGGGUGUCAAUGCUCAUAAGCCCACCUACUUUAACAGUUACAGCAGUAGCAGCACAACUAAAGCUGGCUCUUCACCCAGGAAGGUGAACUCUCCUAGGAGAGUAGUGUCGUCUCCCAGAAAACCACCCCAAUCCCCUCGAGGUGCUGCAAGAAAAGGUGGCUUGGCCCCAACUUCAUUGGCCAAUUUCUUCAAAAUGGGUGGGAGGCCCACAGCCAAAGAUGCUGGAAUUCAAGACAAGAAGGCUCAAACGGCUGAUAAAGCCUCCUCCAAGAAAUCUGCCAAAGUGACUCAAAGUGCGUGCAAGAGUCAGGAGCCUGUCACAAACACUACAACUGAAGAGCAGGGCAAGAGAACUGCCACCUCCCUCAUCCUUUUUGAAGAGGUUGAUGUCAUAUUUGAUGAUGACUCUGGGUUCCUGGCUGCAGUUAAAACCUUUAUGACCACAACAAAGAGACCAGUAAUCCUCACAACCAGUGAUCCGACCUUCAGUACAAUGUUUGAUGGGUGCUUUGAUGAAAUCCAUUUUAAAGCUCCUCCUGUGAUCAAUGUAGCAAGUUACCUGCAGCUGCUGUGUCUGGUGGAAAAUGUAUGGACAGACUCUCAGGACUUGGCGAGUUUGCUGCGCUGGAACAAAUGUGAUGUUCGGCAGAGCCUGCUGCACCUGCAGUUCUGGGCACGCAGUGGAGGAGGACGGCAGACACUGCUUCCUGUCUUACCGUCAGAAACUCCUAAAUGUGUGGUGAAGAAAGAGGCUGUUAAAGUGGAAAAUGUUUCCAGCGAUGGACCACUACAGUCUGUGCCCCCCUGUCAUACAGAAUGCACAGAGUCAUUUUUGGGGCUUCUGAAUGUCCAGCAAGAAAAGAAAGUUGAAGAUUUGCUUAAGAGUGAUCUUUCAGCAGAGCAGAAGAGGAGUUGCUGGGAUCUCCUUUCUGAGACUGAAAGAAGAGGUUUAAAACUGCUUUACUCAAAUUUAGAGAUGCUGCUGCCUUUGCCCAUCUGUCCUUUAUCAGUGCGCCCUCCUCCAACACUGCCAGUAUCCAAUCCAGAGCCUCAGACUGGGCCUGUAGCCAGACAUGGCAGUGUAGCACAACAGGAGGAGUACAUGGAUGAUAGCCCUCUCAAAGUGUCCUCCAGGAUGAGGAGGAAAAAGCAGCUGUGUUUGGAUGAUAGAAAUGUGUUUCAGUCGGACUCUGAGUCAGAAGAUGACUUCCUGUCUCUGCCAAAACCCAGCUGCGACUCUGCUGGAAAUCCAGACACAAAGCAAGGACAGGAUCAGGCAGCUCAGGAGACACCGGCUUCUGAAGCCGCUCCUGUAAGGGUGAGGAGAGUUGAGCUCACUGAAGCUGACAGGAAGAGGAGUAAACCUGUGUCACAGUGCCUGAGCUCUAUAGCUGAAUAUCUGGACCACAUGUCUUUCCUUGAUUCGUCUUUGCACUACCAGCCUCUUCAGACAGAGGGAGCUUGUAGACCACAAGCCUUUGACUGGUCUGGAGCUGAGAUCAAGAGUGGAAUGACUGAUGAGGUUUGUCUGGAGAGUGGAAUCCUUACAAACGUGUUUGACUCUAAAGAUAUCAAUGCUGUGAUAGCAGGUCUGAGUUUUUGGAAGUGUAGGUCUGGCGUUUCUGAAGCCUGGAAAAAGGCCCAGGCGUUGGAGGAAGAGGAGAUCAGGAGGAAAGCUGUGGAGGAGAUGACCCUUCCUGUGCCCUCACACAGGCAGAGUUUCAGCCUUGCUCACAGCGCACCCUGUGAACCCAGGGUAAUGGAGACGAGGAGGGAGGUGGUGAGCACAGUUCUCAACAGCCGGUCAUUAAACACCCUGGGAAACAGAGUGGCAGCAGCAGUGGACUUUCUGCCCUCCCUGCGCACCAUCUGCAGAUCAGAGAGACUAAAGGAGCAAGGCAAGAUCAAACGCAGGUUCAUGCACUACUUGAAUGGCAUUCACCUUGAUCUUCCAAAAAGCACAGUUGAACACCUCGCCUCUGAAUUUCCUUGAAUCACUCAAUCACAAGUUGAGGCAGCCUUUAAUAUGCAUUUGUACAGUAAUAUAAUAUACCAUAAUUAGUGAGGUUUUUAUGUUUUAGCGGACAGUACAUGUCUGUCCCCUGUUUUAUAUCUGACUUGCUAUGCAGAUCCUAUUGUUUUGUACUUUUGUCUUGUAAUAUUUUUAUCAAGUAAUAAAUUUGGGCUUGCAACUUGUCAAAAAACA